GAGCAAUUUCCAUUUCAUAUCAAAGAAUACGUGAAGUACAUGAUAAGCCAGACCAACCCUCACUGUGUUGAGCUACUCUCAGAUACAAUGGAGACACUCGUCAACAGAACCUCUUUAAUACCAGCUAGGGCUGUGUGUGAAGUAGUUCUAUCUGAGAUCAGUACCAACAAUUUAAUGACUUGGAAACAAGGACUCACUUUAAUACACAACAUCAUUGGAGCAGUAGAUUAUAAAGGAUGUCGUGAUGUCAUGAAGCUCUUGCUUGACAAGUUUGAUGCUUUUCCUCGUAGCAUACCCGAGAAACUGAUGCCGGCAAUUUAUUCGGGAAGAAAAAUUUUGAAUUAUAUUUUGGAUCGGAAUGCUUCACUGAUGCCUUCAUACAUGGCACACGAUGAGAUACAGCGACGUUACUCACCUCCUGAAACUCAUCCUCACUGGGCUCUUAAGGAUAUCAUUGCUAGUCUUAAAGGAGGAAUGGAGGUUGUUGCUGGCCUUGUUUCUGGAAACAUGCUUCCCAACCUAGUCCCAGUCAUUGGUUGCUCCAAUACGGCUGGCAACGCUUGGAAACUGGACCAGGAUAAAACCUGCUUUUCAUUACCAGGGAGACUGCCCUAUUCACAGGUAAUGGAGUAUGGAAGUAUGAAAGUAUGGAAGUAUAGAAGUACAUGUAUUGGGUAUAGAAAUAUGAAAGUAUGGAAUGAUAGUUGGUAG